CUUGCGGCACUGGAACUGUAUAUGUAAGCGAGCGUGAGGCAGAAACAAGGAGGCGGGGGACGAUUUUAGGAAUUUAUCUGCAGACUUGGAAGCGUCGCUGCGACAGAAAUGGCGUAGCUGCGCGUGCAUGAAUAUGUGUCUCGGGUUAUGAGCAGCAGCAAGUCUUGUCGCUACAACAGAUACUCCGCCGGAGCGCUGGCCAACCCCGGCAGCCCCUCCGCCACCACCAUGGACUCCGGAAUCGGGAGCAGGAUGGAGGCCUCGUUCGGGCCGACCUUCUCCGCUGUGGCUGCUGGAGCGAAAGCAGAAGGGACCAGCAACUACAAGCAGCAUCGGCGCACCCCGUCCUCCUCCAGCACUCUGACCUACUCCCCGCGAGACGAUGACGACGGCAUGCCUCCCAUCGGCACCCCUCGCAGGUCCGACUCGGCCAUCUCCAUCCGAUCGCUGCACUCGGAGUCCAACAUGUCGCUGCGCUCCACCUUCUCCCUGCACGAGGAGGAGGAGGACACAGAGCCACAGGUGUUUGCCGAGCAGCCCUCAGUCAAGCUGUGCUGCCAACUGUGCUGCAACGUGUUCAAGGACCCCGUCAUCACCACCUGUGGGCACACCUUCUGCAGACGAUGUGCCUUGACUUCAGACAAGUGCCCGGUGGAUGCCGCCAAACUCACCGUCGUGGUCAACAACAUUGCGGUGGCGGAGCAGAUCGGCGAGCUCUUCAUCCACUGCAAGUACGGCUGCAGAGCCACGGCCUGCGCAGCAGGCGCCGCCGCCGCCGCCUCCAAUGCCACCGUGGCCGGGAAGCCCGGCGCCUUCGAGGUGGACCCGCUCGGCUGCCCCUUCACCAUCAAGCUGUCGGCGCGCAAAGAACACGAGUCCAGCUGCGACUACCGACCUGUGCGCUGCCCCAACAACCCACUGUGCCCCCCCCUGCUCACCAUGAACCUGGAGGCUCACCUGAAGGAGUGCGAGCACAUCAAGUGUCCACACUCCAAAUACGGGUGCACGUUCAUCGGCAACCAGGACACGUACGAGACCCACCUGGAGGUGUGUAAGUUCGAGGGGCUGAAGGAGUUCCUGCAGCAGACGGACGACAGGUUCCAUGAGAUGCAGCUCACUCUGGCCCAGAAGGACCAGGACAUCGCCUUCCUGCGCUCCAUGCUGGGGAAGCUGUCAGAGAAGCUGGAUCAGCUGGAGAAGAACCUGGAGCUGAAGUUUGACGUUCUGGACGAGAACCAGAGUAAACUGAGCGAGGACCUGAUGGAGUUCCGCAGGGAUGCGUCCAUGCUGAACGACGAGCUGUCGCACAUCAACGCCAGGCUGAACAUGGGCAUCCUGGGCUCCUACGACCCUCAGCAGAUCUUCAAGUGCAAAGGAACCUUCGUGGGUCACCAGGGUCCGGUCUGGUGUCUGUGCGUCUACUCCACUGGAGACCUGCUCUUCUCCGGUUCCUCGGACAAAACCAUCAAGGUGUGGGACACCUGCACCACCUACAAGUGUCAGAAGACCCUGGAGGGUCAUGAUGGCAUCGUGCUGGCGCUGUGUAUCCAAGGCAACCGUCUGUACAGUGGCUCCGCGGACUGCACCAUCAUUGUGUGGGACAUCCAGACGCUGCAGAAGGUCAACACCAUCCGCGCCCACGACAACCCCGUGUGCACGCUUGUCUCCUCCCACAACAUGCUGUUCAGCGGCUCGCUGAAGGCCAUCAAGGUGUGGGACAUUGUGGGGACGGAGCUGAAGCUGAAGAAGGAGCUGACGGGUCUGAACCACUGGGUCCGGGCUCUGGUGGCGUCCCAGAACCACCUGUACAGCGGGUCCUACCAGACCAUCAAGAUCUGGGACAUCCGCUCGCUGGAGUGUGUCCACGUCCUGCAGACCAGCGGCGGCAGCGUCUACUCCAUCGCAGUCACCAACCACCACAUCGUCUGUGGAACCUACGAGAACCUGAUCCAUGUUUGGGACAUUGAGUCGAAGGAGCAGGUGAGGACGCUGACCGGUCACGUGGGGACGGUCUACGCUCUGGCGGUCAUCUCCACGCCGGACCAGACCAAAGUCUUCAGCGCCUCGUACGACCGCUCGCUCAGGGUGUGGAGCAUGGACAACAUGAUCUGCACCCAGACUCUGCUGAGACACCAGGGCAGCGUCACGGCUCUGGCCGUCUCCAGGGGUCGUCUCUUCUCCGGGGCCGUGGACAGCACCGUCAAGGUCUGGACCUGCUGAGUGACGUCUGGUGACCCCUGCUGCCACGACUGUCUCUUUUCUUUGAUUGUAAUUUUCUCUGCCGAACUCUGCCGACGCCAAGAGGCCGGCCAGUCGCCGCCGCCCUCGCAGCAGCAGCAGUGCAUUAUGGGACGAGACGAAGAUGCCUUUUGUUUUUUUAUAUCGAGCCCGAGUUGAAGGUCGUGGAGGAACUGUUGCAGUGACGCAAAAAUGGUUCAUGUGCGACACACACACACACACACACACACACACACACACACACACAGAGUGAGAAAUUUGCUUCAGUCUGGGUCAAAUGUCGACGUCUGACCUGUUAGGGAUGAGAACAUGGCACCUUUGCUGACGAACUCAGAGCCAAGCGCUGGCGGGAGCGCGCAUGUUUGAGUCCAGCCAAAACUUUAUAACCACUGGAGCGCUUUUACUGACAUUUCUGUUUUACUUUUUACUCACUUUCAAUCAUUUCAGAUUAUUUUACUAAUAUUUUUGUACAUUUUUUUUUACUAAUGCAUCUGUUUCAUUUACUCUUUUUUAUUUAAAUGAUUUAGACUUUGUGAGCAUCAGUUAUUUUACCAGCAGUUAUUAUUUCAUCUGAAUCAUUUUGGUUUUGUGUGAAAAGUAUUUUUUUUCAUGGCGAAAUGGAACUUUCUUUGUCUCUCUGAUCAUGAAAACCAGGAAGUUGCGUUUCUCUCUCCACCACUCGUUUUGAGUGGCUCAACAGCGCGUCCAGCUCUGGCUCGUCCUCGUGGUCGAUAAAAUCCCAGUUGGUGUUCGUGCCAUGAACUUGCGGCGGACUGACCAUGUGACUCCUCUUCUGAGUUUUGUGCCAUAAUUUCGGUCAUACGACUUCACACAGAUGUUUUUGUCUCUUCAAGUGUCAUGAACCUCCCUGACUUAAGUGCCAUUGAGCAAGAGGGAUCAGCUGUGGGCCCAUAUUGGGUUUCAACUUGUAACUUUACUUGCCUGCGUCACAGUGGUCUUCACACACACACGUGCACACGCGUGUGUGUAUUGAAGUAUUUUGCUUGUUGAUAAAGUUUUACUCACCGAUCAGUGAUUUCAUUGUAGUCAUGUGACCUGAUACCUGAUCAAUAAACUGUUGUACACUUGU